UCAUUUUACGGACAUCCGAGAAGUCGGAUUUCCUAACCUUAGCCUUGUGAGUGGGAAUCGUAAUUAAAAAUAUUGAUACAGAUUCGUUGAAAGAAACGCAUCAUUCAAAUGUUUAACGUUCGUGCAAAUUUAAUAUUAAGUUGAAAAAUGUUCGCUUGAGAAUAUAAAUAGUUAUGAAGUGAUUGAACUUCGAAGAUAUUUCUGAAAAUAAUAUUUUUCUUUGUUAAAUUGUAGUGUCUAAAAGCUACCGAUUUAUAAUGUGGAUGUUAAAAGAUGCCAAAGGAAACAUAAAAUACUUGAAACCAAAUAAAACAGUUAAAGUUGGUAGAAAAGAUGCAGACAUUAUAUUAGAAAACGACUCUUCAAUAAGUCGUGCUCAUGCAUUAAUAACAGUUACUUUGAAAGAACAAGUGCAGACAUCAGAAGAAUCUUCUACAUGCUUGAUCAAAGAUAGUAAUUCUAAGUAUGGAAGCUUCAUAGUUCGAAAUGGUUCUAAAUUAAAAGUAACAAAAGAAGGACUUGAAUUACAUCAUGGUGACACCUUGACAUUUGGUUUACAGAAUUGUAUUUAUUCUGUUGAAUAUAUUCAUUUUGUAACAGUUAUUUCUCGAUUAAAUGCAGGACAUAAACAGAAAUUGAAAAGUAUUAUGGAUGAUAUUGGUGGUUUGAUAAUAGAUUUUUAUAAUAGCCAUUGUACUCAUUUAACUGCAACUACUGCUGCCACAACAACUAAGAUUAUAUUUGCACUCAUUAACGGUGUGCCUAUAAUUGGUAUUGAUUACUGGAUACAACUAAAGAAAUGUAUAGAAGAGAACACAAUUCUCCCAGAUCCUAGUUUGUUUGUACUUUCACUGCAAGAUACAGGAGUUAAUAUACGAAAGGUGUCCUUAAAACCAAACCCUUUACGAAAAACACUGUUUCAAAAUAAAAUUUUCAUUUUUUUCACUGAACAAAGUUGUAAUGAGUAUAGAGAAAUGAUACAACAAGCAGGUGGUUCAGUCAAGGUGUAUGCUAAAAGUUCAAGUAUACCAGAUAUAUUUUUUUCAAAUAAUUAUAUUAUUAUGAAAGUACCAAUCAAUGAUAGCUCAACAGAAGAAUUGGUAGCAUUUGAUACUUUAUUACAAAACAAAAUGAAAGAAAAAAACGUAAGAACAGUGAACGAAACUGAAAUACCUCUGGCUAUUAUUUAUGCUUCUUUAGAUCAAUAUUGCAAUCCAGAGUAUGACUUUAUAAAACUAUUAAAACGAAGAAGUCAUGUAGAAGAUACUUCUGAAGUACUUGCGUUAGAUACACAAGAAAUUACAAGUGUUGUGAAUCAAAAUACAAAAUACAAAGUUUCAAAGAUAAGUUUGAUACCUGAAACAAAUGAUAUUCAAAAUGAUAGUCAGAGUCAAGACUUAUUAAACCAAGAUUUUCAAGUAUCAAAUUCUUCAAGUCAAGCAGGUACACACAUUCGAAUGACAAAUGAAAAGUCAAUAGAAAAUAGUGAUGAUUGUAGUAGAAUAUCGAUCCCAGGAAAAAAUACUAUUAAAAAUGAUUUUGUUAGUUAUGCUAAAAUAUCUAACAAAAACUUAAAAGCAUCAGACAGUAUUAGAAAAAAAGAAACAUCUAUUUUAUCAAAUAAUGAACAAGAUUUGCAGUGUAAUGAAAAGAAAACUAAUAAUAGCAAAAAACAACACGGAACGUCAGAUGUUGAUGAAAUAGAUGAAAAUAUUAAACAGUUUUGGCCUAGUAAAAAAAGAGGUUCAAUGUUCAAAACAAAAGCUGUGCCCGAAGACACCAAGCAUGUCAAUAUUUUUAAAGAACCAAAAUCACAGAUAACUGAAGAAAAUAACAGUAACAAAAGUAAAAUUGAUAAAUGGGGCUUCAAAAAAUCGAAUAAGAAAAGCAGAGAUUUUGAUUUAGAUGAUAUAGAUAAAGCUGGAUCAAUGGAUAACGUUAAAAAACGUAAAAUUGACAUAUUUGAUAGCCCAACCAAAGAAAUUCCAAAGAGUUUUGAUUUAUAUAACUUGGAUGAAGAUAAACCUAAGAAAAUUAUUAAAAACAUCGACAAUGAUAUCCUAUGUAACUCAAAUAGUGUGUUCGCCAAAAAUGAAUCAGAAAAAAGAAAUAAAAAAGCCAAAACAAUUCUAGAGUCAGAAACAGAUUUUAAAUUUAAACAAAUACAGUUGGAAGUGAAGCCAAUCGAAACGAAACAUAAAAGAUCAUAUACUAAAAGUAAUAAAAAUGUUAUACCUGAAGAUGAGAUUAAUGAGGGUAUAAGUACUUCAAGUAAACCACCUUUAGUAAUAAAUAUAAAGAGAGAUGUUGAUGUUGAUAGUCAUGCAAGCUGUGGUAAAAUAUUCAAAAAGAAAUACAAUCAAAUUCCAGUUGUAAGGGUGCCAUUAGCAGAAAUGACAGUUUGGCGAUCACAUUAAAGAUAUUGUAAAAUAAUUAUUAUUUGAUGUUAUUAAUUACUAUGCACGUCUUAUUUUUGUAUGUAAUUUAAUAUGUUUGAAAAUAUGUUCGUUUUUAUACUUUUGUAAUAAAAAGAUUCA